AUGAUACUAAAAAUCAUCAUUUCUUUUGUUCUUGGACCAGGUAAGAUGAGGUCCAAAAGCAGCGGGGUGGAGAGCCCAGCCAAUGGGGUGCUUGGGGUUCCCCAGGCCGACCACGACAUCGGCCAAGACCAGGAAGUGGGUCUGCCUGUGAAAAGUCUGAAGGCCAAGGUUCAGCAGAAGGAAGGUGAGGAUCAGGUGGAGGUUGAAGUCAUCUCUGACAAAGAGAAGCUACUGCUGGAAUCCUCUGAGGAUGGAGAAAAAAGAGGAGACAUCAUGGAUAUGUCCAAAGAGGAUCUGCUGAAACUACUGGGAAUCAUGGAGGGGGAAGUUCAGGCCAGAGAAGAUGUUAUCUGCAUGUUGAAGUCCAAACAGACUCUCCCAGAAGCCCUCGAGUCAAGAUAUGGCUCUGCAGUCCCUGGCUCAGCUCUCCAGGCCCUACAGAGGGACGACUUCAUGACUGGCACAAUGCCCAACAGUCACAGAGUCUACCAAAAACCCAUGGUGGAGCUGGAGCGUCUGCAGGAGAAGCACAAAGAAACGUACCGGCGGAUGCUGGGCCAGUUACUGCUCGCUGAAAAGUGUCACCGUCGCACCGUCCACGAGCUGGACACGGAGAAACGCAAGCAUGUCGACUACAUGAACAAGAGCGAUGACUUCACCAACCUCCUGGAGCAGGAGAGAGAAAGACUGAAGAGGUUGCUUGAGAACGAGAAAGCCUACCAGGUGAGAAAGGAGAACGAGCACUCCAAACGUCUGGCCAAAGUGCGAGAGGAGCUGGUCAAACUGAAGUCCUUUGCUCUGAUGUUAGUCAACGAGCGCCAGCAGCACCUGGAGCAAAUGGACCAACAGAGCCAGAGGGUCCAAGAUCUCAGUCAGCAGCUUCAGCAGCGAGAGCAGGCUCUGAGCAAAGCCAGGGAGCGCGCUCAGGAGGAUGGCCACAGGGUGCUGAGCCUGGAGGCUGAGCUCAAAGAGAAAUCUGGCAAGCUCACCCAACAACACGAAGAGAUGAGUGCCAAACUGGCCAGUCAGGAACUCCACAACCGUCAAGUUAGUGCCAAACUUUUGGGGCUUACACAUAAAGUGGAGGAGCUAGAGGAAAGCAACAGAACUUUGAAGAAAUCUGAGGAGGAACUGCAGGAGCUCAGGGAGAAGAUCAGUAAAGGGGAGUGUGGCAACUCCAAUCUGAUUGCUGAGUUGGAGAACUUGCGGAAGCGGGUGAUGGAGAUGGAGGGAAAGGAUGAGGAGAUUACCAAGACUGAAAAUCAGUGUAAGGAGCUCAGGAAGAGGCUACAGGAGGAGGACAGUAGGAGUAAAGACCUCAGGCUGGAAGUGGAGAAGCUCCAGAAAAGAAUGAUGGAGUUAGAAAAACUUGAGGCAGCCUUCAGCAUUAGCAAAUCUGAGUGUGCACAGUUACACAAUGCUCUAGAGAGAGAGAAGGGCCUGGCUAAAGAGCUUUCAGAUGAAGUUGUGACUCUCAAGAUCCGCAUGAAAGAACUUGAGUCUUCUGAACUGAAGUUGGAAAAGUCUGAGCUGAGCCUUAAGGAUGACCUCAGUAAGCUUAAGUCAUUGACAGUUGCGUUGAUGGAUGAACGAAAGAUCCUGAUGGAAACUGUCAAGUCAGAUGAGAAGAAAAAGGAUGAUUUGAGCAAGCUGGUCAAAGUUGAGCAGGGCAAGGUUAUGGAGGUGACUGAAAAACUGAUAGAAGAAAGCAAAAAGCUCCUGAAAUUCAAGUCAGAGAUGGAAACCAAAGUAGAGAUUUUAACCAUUGAAAAGGGAGAGCUCAGCACAAAGCUAGCUUAUGAAACUGAUAAAACUAAGGAUCUUAACUCAAAGGUCAGCCACAUGAAAAAGAGGUUAGAUGGGUUUGAACAAGCAGAAAAGCUAUCUGUGAAGAAUUCACCAAACUGUGAACUGGGAAAAAUGUCUGACCCCAUCAGAAGAGAUGACAACAAAGUUAAGGAACUGACAUUUGAAAUUGAGCGCCUGAAAAACCGUCUCAGACAACUGGAGGUGGUAGAAGGAGAUUUGAUCAAGACAGGGGAUCAGUAUGAUAUGCUGGAGAAAAGAUUUAUGACUGAACAGGACAAAGCCAACAUUCUUUCCCAGCAGGUGGAGGAAAUGAGAAAUCAGAUAGCACGGAACAAAGCAAUUGAGAAAGGAGAGGAGGAAAGCCAGGAGGAAGACCUCAGACAACGAUGCAAGAGAGAGGAGACUAAAACUAGGGAACUGCAGGCUGAUGUGGUGGCCCUCAAGGAAAAAAUCCAUGAACUGAUGCACAAAGAAGACCAGUUGUCUCAGCUCCAAGUGGACUACUCUGUCCUACAGCAGAGGUUCUUGGAAGAAGAGGAGAAAGCCAAGAACAUGGGCACUGAAGUCUUCCAUCUCACCAAAGAACUGGAGAUAGCAAAACGUCAUAGUCGGGCUCUGCGGCCCAGCUUAAAUGGGAGGAGGAUAGUGGAUGUAGCUGUGACAUCCACUGGAGUACAGACAGAGGCAUCAUCCACUGGGCCAGCAGAGGAGGAUACUCCAGCUGUGUUUAUCAGGAAGUCCGUCCAAGAAGAAAAUCACAUUAUGAACAACAUCAGACAGAAAUGCCUGAAAAAGCCCACAGAAAAAAGUAAUGCUGUUGAGCGUUGCCCUUCGUCUGGCAGCGACUUAGGUAUCAAGAAAUCCUGGAUUCCCUGGAUGAGGAAAAAGGACAACACCCCUCAAGAGACCAACCUGGAAAAGCCUCUGCACAUCAAUGGAAAUCCCUUGCCUUCUGAACUAACCCUACCCCAAAAGCAAGGACAGCCUUUACACAUCCGAGUGACACCAGACCACCAAAACAACAUGGCCACUCUUGAAAUCAGCAGCCCCACUACUGAAGAUGUUUUCUCUAGCUCAGCUCCCCUUAGCCCCAACCCAUCUCAGCCUAGAUCCAGAAUCACAAUCAUUCCUACCUACUCUGCUCCAACCCAGCGGAGAAAGUCCCCCGCUGGACCUCAAGGCCCAGAAAGAGCCAAAUCUCCAGUCACCAUCACAACUAUAUCUAGAGCUAAGUCUCCAGAAAGCACCCGAGCCUCCUCGACCAACUCAGGCAGACCUUUAUCCCCUGUCUCUAUUAUGACAGUGAGCACCGCUGUAGUGGCUGAAGCCUCCACCUCCCCGGAGCCCCAGGAAAUGACCAUGGGCCGAGCUGUUUUUAAGGUUACCCCCGAGAAGCAGAUGGUUCCAGUGCCUGUGCGAAAGGGAUACAACAACACCAGCAUCAUCACCACCACUGAGGACAACAAGAUCCAUAUUCACUUAGGCAACAGCGUCACCCCAAAGAUGGUUGUCAGGCCGGUGUCUGCUGGAACGGAGAGCAAAGAAAUGACCUUAUCAACCGGGACAGUGUUGCGCUCACCCCGCCAAAUCACCACCACUGCUACCAGGAGCACACAGAGUAAAGUGAUGAGCAGCAUUACAAUUUCUCCUGUUACAUCCACCACUUCCAGAUCCACACAAGGCACGACUGGGCACGAUGCCCAGCCGCCUCGCACAGGGGUGACCCGCAUCCCGAUGUCCAAGAGCCUGAAGACGGGAAAGACUGUGCUGGGAUCCCUGGGAAUCUCGAGCGGAAUGAAGCUGGAAUCACGAGCUGAGAGUCACUCUAUGAGGAUAGAAGUUAAGAAGUCCACUGUGAGCAGCAAUACCUCUCAAAAUGGAGGGAAACCCUGAUUGACACAGCAUAUCUAUGCGGUGCUUCAUAAAGAGUAAUAUGAAAAACUCUGAUAUCCCUAUACAGCUCAACUAGACAUUACAGGGCACAGAAGCAUUUGUUUUUGUAAUUAAAUAAGCCAUUAAUUUUUACUUUUUGUAAAGUAUUUUCUAUGUGUCUGUGUCAUAUGUAUCUCUUCCAUUUAUAUAGGCACAUAUCCAUUGUUUUUACAGUGUGUAUUGUGAUGGGCAUUUGGGUUAAAUACUAUAUCAGAGUGUGCUGCUACUAACAGCUUCUUGCUUUGAGUGGUUGUGUCACAUAUAGUUUGUUGAGAUGUUUUAUAUGAAUACAUUAUAGGUCAAAAUACUUUUGUGUAAAUUAGGUGUAAUUUUUCUGUAAAGGAUUUGUACUGAAAAUAAUUUUAAAUAAAUGUGAUAUCAGAG